AUGUCCAACUCAAGUGCCGUCACCAGGACGGCUCCCAUCGCCAUUGCACCAAAACCUCCCCGCCGCCAGAACUCUUAUCUGCAAGAGGCAUUCACGAACCUCGAACUUUUCCGCGGCGGCAGCAUGCCUGGACGGGAAAUCGCAGAGUCUGUUGGCUCAUAUACCACACGUUCACUCAGCCCAUGCGAAUCCUGCCAACGAUCUAGGGUCAAGUGUAUCGUGAGCGAAGACGAAGAUAGCUGCAUACCUUGCCAGGCUAGCGGAUCCGAUUGUUCCUUGCUCAACAGCCCCCAGCCAAGGAAACGCAAGCUGAACGGUGACUUUGACGACAGUGGUAAAAGAAGUUCACCAGCUAGAGCCGAUAUCAGAAGGCGAAGGCAACAUCAACCAAGCCUCUCCAGCACCACGGGAAGCAGCUCUUUUCUUGAAGACAUGGCGAAUGUCGGAGGCCCGACUCUGCUCAAGCGGACGCUGGGUCUCCAAAAUGAUCGCUACAGCCAGUACAUAGGCCCGACGACCGACUUCGAGCCUUCUCUCAUCAACCUGUCACCAUUUAACCCUCAAGAUGAGAGUCUACUGGCGCGCGGCACUCUGCGCAAGGUCAGUGACGAUGACACGUUCCUGCUACUACCAGAUUCCAACACCCCCGGCCACGAGCAUAUCCUCGAGGAUAUCGAGGAAAUUGAGGGUCUCGUGCGGCCACAUGGUCGCAAACUAGUAGACUUGUACUUCCGCAUCGUUCACCCCGCCUUCCCGAUUAUUCAGAAGACCGUCUUCCUUGAAAAGUACGAGCGCAGUUACCGCGAAUUUUCGCCUUGUCUACUAGCUGCUGUUUACCUGUUUGCCAUCAACUGGUGGGAGCACGAUGAAGAGCUCGCGCAAGUCCCUCGACCCAACAUUCCCAACCUCGAGCGGAUGAUCCGGACAACUCUUGCCGACGCAAUUUAUCGCCCGAAAUUGUCCACCAUCCAGGCCGGUCUCCUUCUCUCCCAGCGACCCGAAGGCGACCAGUGGGCUCCGACUGCUCAGCUCGUCGCCACCGCCCAGGAGCUUGGCCUUCACCUCGACUGUACGCACUGGAAAAUCCCACCUUGGGAAAAGGGGUUGCGGAAACGCCUCGCCUGGGCUUUGUAUAUGCAGGACAAAUGGGGUUCGCUCGUUCAUGGGCGGCCUUCGCACAUUUUCUCCACCAACUGGGGUGUCCAACCACUUACGGAUCAUGACUUUCCCGAUGUCGAGUGGGACGAGAAGGACGUGGAGGAGAAAUUGGAUAUCGAACGCGGUCGUACAUUGUUUGGUCAAAUGGUACAAUUGUCGCAGAUUCUUGCCGAGAUUCUCGAUACCUUCUACUCAUUGCAGGCCAUGCAAAACGUCACCAACGCCGGUGGACAAGGCACGCAUCUGGUUUUGGGCAUGGCGAAGCCCAUACAACUGAAGCUCAAGGAAUGGUAUGCCAGUUUGCCAGCGGCCAUUCGCAUGGACAGCACGUAUUCGUCAAUCUCUGCCCCGCCAGGUCGUUUGUCAAGCAUCGGAUAUCUUCACCUUGCUUACUUCGCCGCCGAAAUCACACUGCAUCGCCGUAUCAUUCGUUCGCUCGAAGCCACCGGGUCGGCUGUCGAUUCCUAUGUUCAGCACAUUUGCCGAAGCGCGGCCAAGGCUCGUCUUAUUUCCGCAAUGGAUUUUGUCAACCGUUUGAACACCUCGCACCUUCGCUCCUUCUGGUACUUUGCGUCCAAGACCAACUUUGCCCUCAUCGGCACAUUUGGUUCGCUUCUGUGGGCGACAUCCCCAGGACGAGAGGAAGCCGAUUGGUACCGUAGGCGCUUGGGCGAAUACCGCUGGACGUUAUCCGUGAGCUCGAAGCCUGGCGAAGGCAAAGGUCUCACCAUGUUUGCCAUGACGAUGCUCGAUAUUUCGACAGGCCUGCUCAAGAAACUUCCUGAGAAGCCUUCAAUGAGCCGCAGCGGAAGUGUGGUGGAUAUCGGACUUGGAAGCAUUAGUAGCAGCUUUGCUAACAAUGGCUUGCUUUCUCUUGGACAGAGCGCGCCAGCAACGAUGAGUCUAGGAGGAUUUAGCGGACUGCCAAGCGCCGAUGUGAGCAAUGCUCAGAGCCCCCUCAGUGUGGACAGCAGCGAUGACGAGAUGUACGAGACAUUCGCCCCGACGUCGGGUAUGGCAGGCUUGGCCGAAUGA